AAUAUUUUCAUCAGAUAGUUAAAUACUUCUCUCAGGAGAGGACAACAAGUCAUUUGACACAUUAUUAUCUGUAAUCGUGCAUCGACUAAAUCAAUUCUUGUUCCCUUAUAAUUUUGAAAUGAUUAGCCAACCUUUGUGUACCCUUUUCUUCUAUCUUGUCUGUUAUGAAUCAUACACCUCGGUAUCGUCGCAAAAGACUUUUCUGGACAAUCCAUUGAAUCUUCAACUUUAUCGGACAAUUCGUCGUGGAAUUUACGACAUCUUUGGUCGUACGAGUACCUCGGAAAGAGCUCUGCGAAGGGCCAAAAAUUUAUAUAAAAUACAGGAACCAAUUCCACAAAACGUUUCUUUUCCAUGCGAUGUCAAAGGCUGGAGAUCGAGUGAAACGCCAACGAGUGUUCACCGUUUGAAACCAGGUGACAUAGAUAUCAUUGCAUCAAUGGGCGAUUCAUUGUCAGCUGGAACAGGAAUUUUUGCAGAGUCUCUUUUACAUCUUUUUAUUGAUAACAGAGGAGUUUCUGCAGCUGGUGGUGGUCAAAAUACAUGGAGAGAGUAUAUGACCCUGCCUAAUAUACUCAAGGAAUUCAAUCCGAAUUUAUAUGGUUACUCUUCAGGAGAUUACUCCACAUUAGAGAAAGGAUCGAAAUUCAAUGUUGCCGAAGCCGGCGCUGUAUCAAGCGAUAUGCCUUAUAUGGCAACGAUACUUACAAAGAGAAUGAAAAAUGAUCCUAAAGUGAAUAUGCAAAAGCAUUGGAAGCAUAUCUCUUUGAUGAUAGGUUCCAACGAUUUUUGUUUGUUUCUUUGCACGAACCCUUCGUUAACGGAAACGUUGCAAAAUCACGAACGGGAUAUCGUUGAAACUUUAAGAAUACUUCGUGACAAUAUACCAAGAGUAUUCGUAUCUCUUAUUCCUCCGCCACAAUUGAAAGUACUCGUGAAAAAUCGUAUCGAAGGAAAACCGUCCAUUUGGUGCGAUAUAUUAACAGACCUAGAAUGUCCUUGUUUGUUUGGUUUAAGAUAUCGUGACAAAAUACAAGAAUAUUAUGAUGCUAUAAGAAGAUGGCAAGAUAUUGAUAUCAAGAUAAGCAACUAUUCCGAGUUUCAAAAAGAUGAUUUCGUGGUGGUAGCACAACCAAUCUUGACAAAGCUUGAUAUAUUCAUAAAUAAUAAUUACCUCGAUGAAACUUAUCUAACUAUUGAUUGUUUCCACAUCUCGCAAAAAGCGAAUUCUUUAUAUGCUAAUGCUCUUUGGAAUAGUUUGCUUCUACCUUACGAGGAGAAACCAACUACUAUUGAACCGAAUUUGUUUAGUAUACUUUGUCCUACUAAGAAACGUCCUUAUUUAGUUACUUAUGCUAAUACAAAAUUCACUGAAAAUUCCGAUUAAAAAAUAUACGAUAGUAAUUAAAUAACAUUAAGCUCAUAAACUUUCUUACCAAAAAAUAUUUACUUCCGAUGAUAUUCAAUCGUAUUGUUUUGUUGAUUCAGAUUUAUUCGAAGUGCCAUAAUCUUUAAUAACGAUCUCAUUAUCAUUGUAGAAAAUGUAAUAUAUAUUACUGCUAAGUCAAAUAAAAGAGUUUAAUUAUA